AUGUCCCCUCGUGUCUGCCACGCCUACUUCCUCUUCGUUUACCAUCUGUACAUGGCCGAGCUUCACCCUCUCAUUCAAUCCACCUCUCCCUUUGACUUUUCUACAAUGCAGACCAACACUUUGAUUGCAGUCCUACUUGCUGUUGGGCUCGCUGGGCCUGCCAUACUAUGUUUGGCGUGGUUUUGGUACGCCAGACGCGUGAGAAGAGGAUUUGCUGAAGGGCAGUGGAUUUCCAGAAGGAAUCGGGAUCGUGCCCAAAACCACUUCGAUGCUGAGAGAGGUGGUCAGAUCAAGGGUCCUGUUUGGAUCCCAAAUUAUACCGCGGAAGGGUGGUGUCGCCCCAAACUCUCAGACUCAAUUCCACUUCGCUCACCAGAGUAUGUUCACCUCCGGGAUCAACGCAAAGGCCGCCAAAAUUCUGACCAGCGCUUCGAAGACCCAAACCGAAUCGUAUCUAGUCCUCCCCCGAAACGCCCCAACAAUCCGUAUCAGCAGCAACCAAAGCCUCUGUCCAAAAGACAACAAAAGAAACUACGGGCCCAGGAGAAGAAAAAGCAGCAGCAAGAGGGUCAGAACCAACCGAACAAUCAAGACCACAGCAAGGGCAAGUGGUCACAACGUGAUCAAGGCAAGCCAGCUCAAGACUGCCACGUUGAGCCUGAUCAAGGCAACUGGGGCAGCAACAAGCAAAACAACUGGGGGAGCGGAAACCACAAUCAAAGCCAGAACAAGGGGAAUAGAUCACAACGUGAUCAACAGAAGACGACUCCUGACUGGAAUCCCGAGCCAGAGCAAGGCGACUGGGACGCCAAACCGCAAAGCAACUGGGCCAACGGAGACGAGAACGAUAACCACAAUAAUCAGAAUACAGAAUGGGGACAUGAGGCCAAAGGAAAAAAGCGCAGCAACCACAAGCAGGGCAACGGAGGCAAUAACAAUGGCAAUAACGAUGGCUAUCGCUCUGGUGGCAGCUAUAACAAUGGCUUUGUCAACAACACCCAAAGACAGCAGACUACGACUUGGUUCAUUCAAACCAACCCGAGAUUGCGUGGGGAGAUCACGGAGGACAUCAUGGGCAACACCGAAAUGGUAGCAAUGGACAUGACAAUGGUAAUGGCAAUGGCUAUCACAACAAGAGGUCUCAACACCGGAGUUCAAGAAAUCCAUCGAACCACAACUGGCAAAAUCAUCAAGCGAAUGAAACCUGGGGGCAAGACAACAAUCAACCGAGCAACAAUCAGGGAUCUCAUCGAACAGCAGCAUGGGGCCAAUCGAACGAGGGCAAUGACUGGGACAAAAAUGACAAUGCGCCAAAGCAGAGCCGAGUGGCAUGGAGCGAAAACAAAGGGACCGCAGGAGAUUGGGGAGGCGGAUACCAUCACAAUAACAGCCAUGGAUGGGGCCAUGAUGGCAAUGAUCAAGUGA